AUGAUCAAUCCGCGUGACUUCAGACAAUCAGCGGAGAGCAUUUAUCAUCUUUCGUUUCUCAUCCGGAAUGGGACAUGUGCCCUCCGCGUCGCAGACAACGAAGAACCGAUGGUUUGCCAGGCCGUGCCACCCACUCACCAAGAACAUGCUAACGGCGUGAAUCGCACUCAAAUGAUCAUGGAGUUCAACAUGGCCACGGGGCGAUGGAUGCAGCGGGAAGUCCGUCUUCAGCGUGGAGAGGACCACAAACUUCCUGGGAGAGCCUUGCUGUACGAGGUGCCUCUCUCUCUGGUGAAAUGUUGCAGACAACGGGGCGCAGAUACUGCUCGUGCUGGAGUGGGACCUUAGGUUUUCCACGCAAG